UUUACAGGCAACGGUUCUGCCUAAAGUCCGGCCUGUGAACACGAGAUUUUAGCCAAAGAACUGUCUUACAACAUUAAACCUAAUUGAAAACUGACCUUAAAUACGGCCAAGGAUCUCAAGUCUUUGCUGGUUAAUAUUCAACUCUGGGAGCGUCUUGCUGUGCCUGAGGGGGAACUUGGAAAUGGGACUUUGCAUUUAGAUUUUGAAAGCAGCCAGAGAGACGGACAUGGGCAGCGGUCCGAGCCGAGGGAAGAAAGUUGCACCUGCGUGUGUCGGUGAGGUGAAAGUGGCCAAAACAGCUGCCGGUGUCACUUCGCCCAAACAGGACAGCCGUCCAUUCAAGCCUCUCAAAAUUCAUGCAAUUUUGCGCAACGCGCGUAACCGUGCGCAACCGGACAGCCACAGCGAGGGGCACGACUCUGACUUCUCUGGGGACGACGAUGAUAUUGAUGCAGAACUGGACACAGUUCUUGCAGAUUAUGAGGAACGAGAGACAGUGUCUUCUGUGAAGAAAAAUCCUACCAAGAAGUCUUUUAUGAAAUCCAAAACUUACGGACUGUGUCACUUCAGCCGGGAAGACACCGAGGACGACAUCAGCCCAGCUCCGCGGCUGAGAGCGUCCGGGAGAGCCGAGGAGCCACGUGGCUCCCACGGUGGAUCAAGAGAUGUAAACAAGAAGAGCAAUAAUGCUUUCACACACGUUAAAAAACACACACCCGCGUGCAACAGUCAACACAAUUCGUCCUCGCAGGGCUUUUUGGCAAGAGGGGCUUUGCUGGAAGCGGUUCCCACAUCAGAAAAACAAUCGACUUUUGGCAGCUGCCAUAGCUCCUCUCUCACCAUGCCAGUCAUCCUGUACGAUGGAUCAGAAGAGGAGCUGAUGGACACUAUUGUGAGAGAGUUUAGUUGACCCCCAGCUGAGAAUUCUGCAGCCGAGCUACUGUCCUUUUGAGCUGUCUUUAUGGGAUACAGCAGUCUGCAGAGGAUAUUUUAUAAAAAAAAAGGGAACCAGGGUUUCUUUUGACAAAUUCCCUGCUACAUGGGAAGGCUACUUCGCUGUAUUUAUGCAGGGUUUCCUGCAUGUUUAACAUUGUUUGUGUUGAACUGAAACAGCUGCACUCCAGACCUUUGCAUUUACCCAAGUCUUACUUAACAACAAGAAGCAGUUUAACUGUGGCGUUAUAACAUCAGCUUGAACAGAUGCCAGGCAGUUCUCCACUCAGAGACCUGAGCUGUUAACUGACAGAGGCCUCCUUGGUUUCUGUAGUGGUACGGUGUCACUGUCACCCUCUCAAUCCUGCUGGGCUCCCACAGAGCAUGCAGCUACUUAUUUGUUACCUAUUACUUACUUUACCUUGACUUGUUGGUUAAUAGGUGAAAGAGAUAGCGCAGGCAUUUCUCUGAGAGCUGAAAGUAAGGCCACAUUCUCAAGGCCGCCUGACUAUGCAUUAUGCAAAGAACAUUUUCCACCAGUAGGUAGUUUUUCCUAAGUGGCAACCCUGCAAAGGUAUGAACUGGGGCUGUUUAUUUAAGGUCUCCUUCCUGACCACAGUUUCUGGACUUCUCCACCCUUAUGAAGAAGGAAUGUGCGGCAACAGAGAGACUUUCAGUCAGGCUCAGUUUGACCCAGCUGCAUUUCUGAUGACUCAGCCACUUUCAAACAUAAAGGCCUGCUGCCACUCAGUGGUGGAGCAGAGUAGUUUUGUGCAUGAACUCAUAACUUGAACUUUCGUGUAAAUACUGUGUUUGUCAAAAAACAUGUUACUGUUUAUACAAAGGUGCAUUUCAACCAGAAAAAGAAUUUUGUAAUUUUGUUUUAUAUUACAAAU